UUGAAGCAUCAUCAUGCCUGAACCAGCAAAGCCCGCGCCCAAGAAGGGCUCAAAGAAAGCCGUCACCAAGAGCGCCGCCAAGAGUGGAAAGAAGCGCAGGAGGUCCAGGAAGGAGAGCUACGCCAUCUACGUGUACAAAGUCCUGAAGCAGGUUCAUCCCGACACCGGCAUUUCUUCAAAGGCGAUGGGCAUCAUGAAUUCUUUCGUCAACGACAUCUUUGAGCGCAUCGCCGGUGAGUCUUCUCGUCUCGCUCACUACAACAAGCGCUCCACCAUCACCUCGAGAGAGAUCCAGACCGCCGUGCGUCUCCUGCUGCCCGGUGAACUCGCCAAACACGCCGUGUCUGAGGGAACAAAGGCCGUCACCAAAUACACGAGCUCCAAGUAAAGCUGAGAGUACCCAAUCUGAACCCAAAGGCUCUUUUAAGAGCCACCCACAGUUUCCAGAAAAGAGUCUCCUUUAUUACCUUUUAAUAAUCGUGCAAGAGUUUAGUUUAAGUGGGAACGACUGCAAUUUCGCACUUAAAAUGUGUCUGAUCUCUCAUGAACCACAGGUUUGCUGGAUUCAAUAUUUAUUAGUGAGUCUAAAGUUUGUGGUUUUCAACGAAGUGUGGUUUUAGUCUCUCACAGUUCUAGGAUGGCAUUUCCUUCACAGUUGUUUCAAUCGUUUUGUUUGCCGCAUGGCCAGGGUUUCCUUUCCUUUAUUGCUACUUUAGACAAACACUUCUCCCUCUUCUGAAAGGAUCUGUGUGGCCGUUUUUUAAAAGAUACACUAGUUAGAAUGGCAGAUAAAACAAUAAUAUACUGUAAUGCAAUGACAUUUCGAAAAAAAAAAAUAAU